AGUUGCAGCUGUGCUUUCACGGCAACUUGUUGAAUGUUGUAUGGUCUUAUACAUUUUCUUGCCAUUUUGUUUAAGUAAAUGUGCUUUGUGUUUUCACUGACUUUUAAAAUUUAUUCCAUUUGACUGUUUGCAUAUCGCAAUGAUGAAGUGUUCUGUUGUUUUGGCUUUGGCCUUCUUAAUGGUGAUCAAUGGGAUUAGUGGUGUUCCAACUCGUUCGAAAGAAUCUGAAGCCAAGGAAGAGGCUUCUUCAGAUGCCGCAACCAAGAUUGAACGAACAGCAGAAGAUGAUUCGGACAUGCUCAUGGAGCCUGAUGAAUUUCACGACACUUCCAUAAUACCAGCCGUCCUCUUUGCACAUCACACAACACAUGCAGCCGAAUCUGGCUUCCAUCCGAUUGUCAAUCCCGAAUACACAACUUUAUCUUAUCCAUCACCCUCAUCGUCCUCCCCUCCGUCAUCAUCAUUGGAAGCUGAUGCUCCAGCAUCUGAGGCUCAGAAUUACUUUCAAUCGUACUUUAGAAACACAGUGCCACCUCUAGGACACUCUAGGCCAUAUUUCAGUGCUGGUCAUCACCGUGGUGAGGGUAGUUCAGGAUCCCGCUUCAGUUCACUCCGAAGUGUUGGGAAUUUUGAUCAGUCAAUCCUUGGAUCAGGUGACUUUGGUGUAAUUCGAGGUGGUACCUUCUACGGUGAGAACGAUCCACCAUUCCGUGAUAGCGGAGACUACUACAAUUACUUCCACAAGAAUGGCCAUCAGCGUCCCCAUGCCGCCACCUACGUCCAACGCUAUACUUACCCUGAAGAACAAUUUGCCAAUUUCCGUGAUUUUGCCGACAUUAAUUCACCAUCAGACUCAGCAUAUUCUCAAUUUGUGGUGGUAUACGCUAAUAAAAAUUCAACAGAAGCCCAUCCCAAUCCCAAAAACAUCUUUGAGCAACUUGAACUGCUCGAUAAGGCUGAAGAGAAGAAGAACAAAGGUCUGAGCAAACAUAAAGCCAAACUUGCAGCCACAAAAUUGGAGAAGAAGUAUAGGAAGAAGCUGAGUCCCAAGGAAGCUGAUCUCUUAGAGCCACUUCUGGCCCUCAGCUAAAACACUCACCUCCACCCCAUUCCCCUUCAUACUCCCGCCCCCUUCCAAAAAAAAAUCCAUCAUUAUAAUUAUCUCUGCAUCGACUUAGUGAGACUUAGAGAAUUUUUCACCCGACCAUACUUCUAAGGUCAUCGUAAUUCAUUUGCACUGUUAGAAAGACAAGAAAGUUUAAGGUCAUAGACUCCUCUGAAAUAAGAGACUUCAUAGAUUUAAUUAUUUUAUGUCUCUUUGAAAAUAUACAGAAAUAUUGCAAAUUCUAUUGGAUACGAAGAAAAAAGCUGAGAUUGUAAAGAAUCUCAGCUUUAAACUGAAAUUCUAAGAAGCAUCAUGAGGUUUUAAAAGUACCAAGAGUUACCAGAAACCCCAAAGACUACCUUUUUAUUUUUUAUCUUCUCACGAGAAAUGCUUAAAUUUCUUACUUAAACUUGAAGAAUGAAAAAAUAUGCAUGAUGCUAUUCUAAGGUAUCCAAAAAAAAAAGAAAAAACAAAAAUUAGGCUAUUUAAAAAAAAAUAGAAAAUGCUGAUUUCUGAUUUAGUACAGCGACGAUUUGGGAAUUAACUGCAAAAAGUAUUUUUAACCUUCAAGCGGGCAGAUUGGGUCAUAGUGACACAAAAGUGGUAUAUACAGGGUGGCUGAAAAAAAAAUGCAACAAAUUUCAGAGCGCAUAGCUAUCAAACCGCUGGUGACAUCGGUUUCAUAUUUUGCACAUUGGUAGUUCAUUUUAUUGGCUAAAAGCCUCCAAUAGCAUUUUCGGUAAUAUUAUGUAAAACUUUUUUAACUCUUUCCGGACCACAACAUAUCCAGCGAACGAAUUUCAGUAAAACUCACUUUAUUGCAACUCUUAGUGGUCAAAUAUGAUACUUUUACAGAGAAAGAAUUUUUUCCUCCUCUGGGAAAUUGGAAAACUCAUGGGUACUCUCGUCCCCAAAAGAACGCAAGGGAUACAAACAAACUUCAAUUUUCCCAAAGCCAAUAUUAUCGAUUUUGUAAACUAUUUGUGCGUGUCAAAGGACUCCUGUACGAUGUUGAUAACUAAAACAAGGUGAAUUAUUGACCAGUAUCUUGUGGGAUGUCCAGGAAGUGCUAAAAAAGACACCUAGCUCUUGCUUGUAAACAGAUUCCUCAUAAUAUUUUACACAUAACACUUUAAAUUACAUUUCUUUCAACACGAUGUUAUUGUAGACAUAUUAAGCUUUCUCAAAAGCAUAAAAGACACUUUCUAGACAAUCAGAAUUCACCAAAAUUAGGAAGAAUAGGAAAAACUUCCUUGAAAGCAAUCUCCCUCGCUGCCAAAUGUAAAAAUUAUCGGCCAUAUUGGCAAAAAUGUCGCUCCUGCUUGGAAUUUUCUUACAAGGUUGGUGUCAAAAAGCAAAUGGCGGACAUUGGCGGGAUAACCUUACAUUUGACCUCUAGACUUUUGUGGAUGAGAGUACCCAUAAAGUUUGAACAAGGUUUUUGAAAAAUUAAGAAAAAAUUGUUUUUCGAAUUUAUGUAAUCUGUAAUUGUUAGUUAUCAUACUUAUUGGCCCCGAGAGGUUUUUCCUUAUUCUGGUCUAGAAAUAUCAAAAAAGUCACAAUACCUCCAAGGAAGUAGAAAAUCGAAAAUUCACGAUUUUUGACCAAAAAUAUCUAAGCUCAGGAGUUAAUUGGGAUCCUGCAAAAAAUAUCCUAUAUUUGGACAUCCUUAUACUUUGUACUUAUCCAGAAGAAUCGGAUUUUUAUAGAUUCUAGAUAGUCUAAAAGAAUUGUUGUUUCCAUGGGUACCCAGUGUCCCAAAGGAGACGAAAGACUUAAACCGUAAUGGAACUCAAAAGUGACGAUUUAAUGUCACUAUAUAUUGCAGGAAAUGCGGAAGCAGCUGUCGUUAGGGCUCUUCAAAACCCUGAAUGUAAUUAAACUUUCCGUUUUUCGAAGCAUGACUUCGUACAGGGAUACUAGAAGAUUUUUAAAAUGCUUUGGUGGAGGUCUAAAAAAAUUGCUUCAUUGCUAGUCAUCGUUCUUAAAGUGAAGAAGCAAAUUGAACAAAAUCUGUGUCACAUCUGCAAACAAACGAUCUCUGAGACGCAUACAUCGCAAAUAACCGUGAAAUAAAUAUUGUUAAAGGAUCUCUAUAUGAAGCCUUAAAAAUCCUGAAAAGGACGAGAUUUCAUCGAUCCUCAAAAAAAAAGUUAUACUCGAUCGACGAAGGAGUAAAUUCGCUUGCACGUUCAUGGUCAGUUUCAGAAUUGUCAUCUUUUCUGAUAAGUAAAAUUUUCAAUUGAGCAAUUGAUGUGCAAACAAAAUAAUUGUGUCUAUCUGAAGGAAAGAUCAUACGAUAAUUUAGAUGUUCUAAUGACCACCGGAUGUCAAGGACCACCUUAUUUGAAGGUCUGGACUUCCUUGGAGACAAAUUAUCGCUUUUCACUCGGGUUUUUAGGCUAUACCGUCAAAACGAAUGCUAAUGUUUGUCUGGAAAUUGUCCUGGAAGGAGUGUUGGAGUCGUGGACAAACAAAAAUUUUAGUAAGAAGAAAUGGAAGUUCGAUCAAGACUCGACAACGUCUCAGAAAUCACGCUCCGAAUAAGAUUUGGCUAAAAAAAAUGUUGCGUACUUCAUUUUGGGAAAACAAUGGCCUCCACAAUUCUUAAAUGUAAAAUCGUUAGACUUAUCCAAAAGAGGCAUUUUGUUGGUCAAGGCUAUGACUAAAAAGUAGCAAAGUGUCGAUGAGCUGAAAGGAUCCCCUCCUUGUGAAUAUAGCAGGACAUUCAAAAGGCUGACAUUCGUGCAAACUGCGAUAGCACUUCCGACAGACUUAAGACCAUAAUUAAGUCAAAAUAAGAUCGUAUUGAACAAAACCGAUAAUAUUCUAAAAUUUUGAUGUAAUUUCUACUAUUUUGUCUUUAUUUCAAAAAAGUUGAACAAAAAAUGAGGAUAAUAUAGCGCUUUAGUUUGUUGCAUUUUUUUUUCAGCCACCAUGUAUUUUGAUAAUUUUAAAAUUUGUUCUAUUGAAUGUUAAACAAGUAGCUAAAAUUUGUCUUUGUUACAAAAUGAAGAUUUUGUGCAAUUUAUUUAUUUAUUUUAUUUAUUUAUUUUUUGAAGUGAUUAAAUGAGAACUUUUUUUAUAUAGACAUCAAAAAAUAUCUCAAUUUCGAUCUAUCGACAAUUUUAAAAUUGUUAACCGAUUUUUAUCACAUGAAGCAUUUUCGAAAUAUCAUUCGAAGCUCUAAACCGCCAUGAGCAUUUCUGGAACCGUGCAAAAAUUGAUUUUUUUUUUAAUGUAAAUAUUAUCAGCCUAUUUACAUUGGGCAAUACUUCUUCUAACUUUAUCAUACGGCAUGCCCUAUAAUGCCGUGUUUCAUUGCAUAAAUUACAAACAAGAGAUAAAUGAGAUUGUUGUAGUUCUCCAGGAACGAUAUGAUGUCGAAUAUAGAAUAUAGGAAAAUCGAAUAGGAUAAAAAUCCAAUAAGAAAAAUUACAAUAGGAAAAAUUAAAAGCAUUUGGUAAAGACCCAAGAUAGAAUUUAAAGAAUUUUUGUUAUUUGCUCGGUCAACAGUUACCAAACCAUUGAAAAGCAUUGAGCUUGAUACGAACUUUUUUGAGUCUUUUUGAGUCUUACGAACCAGCACGGUGAUUACACAGAAAAAAUUACUUCGUCAAAUUGUUCGGAAAUAUUUGUGAAUACUGGUGACGUACGAAAUACUCACGGAGCAUAUAAUCCACUAAAAGGUUUGUAAAAGUUUGUACUUUUUCACUAACACUGUUCAUAACAUGAUCACUUGACAAGCAUAUUUUGUUUAUUUACAUUUGUUCGUACAUUUUUGUAUAUUUGUCAAAACAUUACAAACAAAUGAUAAAAUUUUAAGAACAUUUUUUUUCUAUGCUUACGAAGAUUUACAAACACAUGUUCGUAAAAGAACAAAAAGUGCUCGUCAAAUGAUCAUGUUACAAACAAUUUUUGUGAUAAAAUCACAAACUUUUGCGAAUUUAUUUGUGGCUUACACGCUUCACGAGUAUUUCGUAAGUCCCCUGUAGAAAUUCACAAACAUUUACGAACAAUUUUACGAAAUAUUUUCUUUCUGUGUAGUUAUUUAUAAAUAGUUCUUCUAACGGGAAAAAAGAAAAAGAUUUUGACAUUGGAUUGUUACUGGAGAUGAAAGAGGGAUACACUAAAAAGAGGGAUAUCAGAAAUGUUAAGAGCUUAAUUUUCUGUGUCUUUAGAAGGCCACAGAUACGAAAUAUCCAAAUGGAACAUUCAACGACCCACCCCUUGUCACUCCUUCCGAUUACUACACUGAGAGAAAUCCGAAAAAGUUAAAAUAACAUUCCGGAAAUGUUUAUUUUACCCUGCAGUAUUGAUCCAAAAUCGGUGUAAAUAUUAUGCUUUUUAGGUGUAUUAGGGGUUAAAGUUACCCCUCUUUAAGUUAAUUUUACACUUAAAAAGGUGUAAAAUUAACAUUUAAAAAUGUUGAUAUAUUUUUACACCUAAAAAGUGUUAAAGUUAUGAGGAAAAAAAGUUAAUCGCACCCCCGUUUUUUUCUCAAUGUACUUGUUUGUGAUCAAUAGACUCAUGACCUGAAAGAUCUGUCCUUCUAUUCGUAUUUAGAAGUCAUAAAUUCGAUCGAUUCUUGAAUUGAACCAAAUGGCCCCUACACACUAUAAGAAGUUUUCAUUAAUGGCAAAUCAUUUAUACAGUUGUAUAGGAAAAACUGUCAAAUUUCGACAAUGAUUCCAAAUAUGGACAUAAAUUUUCCUAAAAAUUGACAUCAAAAUUUCGCAUUUUGAAAUAAAUUAAUAAAUUAUUUUCUUCGAUUAAUAGGCAAAUUACAAUUUACUUCAAAAUUGUAAAUUCUGACAAAGAUUUCUCAGGUGGAAAAGCUGCAAAAAAAAAGGAAGAAGUGAGUGUAGGGAGUGAAAGGUUAGCGAUUGAAACGUGAGUGACAUAUGGGCUGAUCACGCCGAUUAAUCUCCGAUAUCGCUGAUAUUAAAAAAAAAAACUAAAUAAAAUAAAUAAAUAAUUGUCAUCUUUGCAGCAAAUUGAAAUUCAAGUCCUUUGGGACCACAUUCUGCCCGCCCGAAGGUUAAGAAGUAAUUUUUGCUACUACUGAUUUCAAAAUAGUUUGCCUGAUUAUUUGUUUUUACCUAUAAUUGAUUCGUUUGUAGAAAUAAAUAUUAUUCUAUCGGCAAAUUAAUCGUAAAACGACAACAUAUUCGAAUUCAUAAAAUUUUGUCUUGGAAUACUAAAUAUUUGAGUACAAAUAUUACAGUAUUUCCCUAUAUGAAACGCACCAAAAAAUGCCAUUUAAGUUUUGUUUUUUUUAUAAAUUAACAUUCUGUCGACUGUUAAACUUUCUGUCUUUCUUACCAGCAAGGGAUUAAAAAUUAAACAAAUAUCUCAACAAAUGAGAGAGAUAAAAAUCUUCAAUGACAUGCAUUGCUAAAGAAAUGAGAUAUACUACAAAUGGAAGGCAGAGUUUAGAGAAAGAAAAAAAAAGAAAACUGUGAUCCAGGGACUUUGAAAUGUAACCUUUUAUAAAAAAAAAAAAUAGACAACAAAAAGGAUUUCCAACGGAAUUUAAGAAAUUGGAAAAGAAAUUUUUAAUAAUUUGAUUCGUGUGUGUUUUUUUUUUAAAUACCUUUGCAAAAAGUGGUGCCUUAAAAAAAUAUUAUUUUUAAAUAAAGAAAAAGAAUAAUGUUGAUUUGUAUUGAGGAAAGUGUACUUGAACAUUAUAUUUCCUUAUUCAUUUUCCAUUUUUUUUUGUUGUUUCUAUAAUUUCUCAAAGACAGUAUAUAGAGUUUUCUCUGAUUUUCUACCUUUCUUUCAUGACAAAUAUUCUAAGUAAUAAUUAAAUUCUUAAUUGUAAUUAUAAUGUAUAAUGUAGUAGUUUGUAAAAAGCAAAUCUAGUUUGUAAGAGUUCGUUUUACAUUUAAUAAAUUUUAAUAUUUUAUUUUAUAGUAAAA